CGCCCGACUGGGUGGCCGUCAGGCACAACACAGCUCUCAACGUCUGCAGGAACAAUUCUAGCCCUUUUACGUGGCAUCCCCUGGACUAUUCACAGCUCGCUCCUCACCACCAUCUCCCCCAAUACCGGACGAUUGAUUUGUACCCUUCCCACCUCUCCCACACCGCAGAUGCGUCAUGUUCCCCGUCAGACCUAAUGAGCGAGAUCGUGACAGGGACCGGGCGAGAAAAUCCACCUCCUCGUUGGUGUCGUCAGGGACGAAAGGCAAGACCAAAGCUAAGGAUCGAGACCGAACCAUAGAUCACAACCGCUCGGCCCGCAGCAGCGCAACCAGGGAUCACGGCCGAGGCUCGACCGUUUCGACCGCGACGGCGACUGUGACUGCACCUUCCACGGCCAGCACCACCACCAGCACCAUCAGCACCACCACUUGCCAGCGACGAUCCUCUAUGCCGGGCAUUGACACCGCCAGCAGGCCUAUGAGCGCCUCCUCCUUCCUCGAGUCUCGUACUAGUCUGCCCUAUCCGUCCUUCUCCAAGGCCCACAGCAAGGAGGCUGUCGGCAAGCCUGGCAUCCCCACGCCGGAUCCCACCGAUCUGACCGAUGCCCAUCCGGAAGAGAAGCGUCAGGCCAACGGCAACCACAAUAACCAGACAGAGCAUCACAAUGCCCCGCCCAGUCCGCCGUUGACUGGGGUGGACCAGCCGGAGGAGGGUCGCAGAUCCCCACCCAGACCAGCCGCUUCUACUACAGAGGAAAAGCCCAAGCAACCGGCCAAGACCAAGUUUCGUAUCCGAACCGAGUCGACGCGAUCCUCAUCUAGCCUGCGGACCAAGAAGGAGAACAAUACCACUGCUACUAAUAAUACAGCCAAGGCAUCCCCUUCCCAACCGGACACCCCCACAAAGAUCAGACUCCAACAGACCGAGCGAGAUGCCGCCCCCUCGCGCACGACGAGCCACAAGACGUCCAAGUCGACUGCUCUCAAGGAUGAGGUUCGACUCCCGAAACGGUCUGCCAGCCAUGCGACCAUGUCUUCGCCGUCGCGCUCCUCGCUGCCUCUGCGCGAUGCGGCCGUCGAAUCCGUCGCGAACGACUCCUCCGAUGCCACCUCGAUCGCUCCGAACCAAAACCCGACCUACCAGAAACCGAUGACGCCGCCUCAGAAGCCGCCGUCGCGCACCCAGAACCGUUCGUCUACCUCCCACCGGUCAAGUCGAGGAGGAGGAGGAGGAGGAGGCAGCGCGGCCGUUUCCCCCGCCGCGGUAUCCUUUUCCGACGCCGCAGCUUCUCGCUCCCCGGCAACCAACUCGGGAUUUGGCGCGCCGCCACCACCCCCGCCGCCGCCUGCAUUACCCGGUUCAAUCCCGCGCGUCGACUACCUCCUGCGUAAUGGCGGGCUGCCCGACCGGGUCCCAAAGUCCCUACUGGCUGCCGCCCGACCGGACGCACCCCUCUUUCAACCAAACGUCUUGGCUGCUCACGUCUUCGAGCCCUUCCAUCGUCUGCUGAGCGACUACAACAAUGUGAUGAGUGGCAACGGCUCGCUGGCCGUAGCUACGGGGUAUCGAUCGGUCGCGCGUCGGCUUCUGGACCGGCUGGAGGCGGUGUUUGCGCGCGAUAUAUCAUGUGAGGCCUGUGACUGUCUGAUGUGCGCGCACGAGGACCCUGAAAAUCGCGAGUCCGGUGUCAGCUGGGGGGAGGUGUUGGAGCUGGUCUCGGGCCGUCGUUUGCUGCCCAGCUGGCCGCCUUUCAGUCUUGCUCCCUUUAUGCUUGAUCCCGUCUCAUCCGCCGAGGAGCACAUCCCCAUGCAGAAGCUCGAUAUUGACGUGCCGGAAGAGUACCGUGAACACUACAUCCGACAGUCUCGCAAGACAAAGCUAGCUGUCGACCAGUGGCUGGCCGAGCAGACCGAGCAGACCACCAGCCCACCCGACGAGGUCGAUGACGAGACCCUCACUUUUGCCAUGAUGACGCAUCUGAGUGCCGACGAGCGCGCCCUGUUCUGUGCGCUGUUGGGGAUUUCCAACACCACCACCAAAUCGCCGGCUCCUAAAUCCGAGCUUCCCCCGACCCCACGUCACCGACCGGCACCCCUACUGUCCGCCGCGGGGGGGAUCCAACGCCUCUACCGACUGCCCACGCAGCCUCGCGACCCGGAAACGGCGAUUUUCAUGCUCAACAACCCGAGUAUCCACCACGUUCUGGCCACCCUGGCGGCGAUCAGCGACGACGAAUGGGAGAUCCUGGUCUCCGGGCGGUUCGACGGAUUCCUGCGCAGCGGCGCCGAGGACGACGUCCCGUCACGCUGGAACACGCGUUCCGCACCGGGGGUCCCAACCCGCGGCUCGACGCCCAGCCCGAUGGACAGCGGCGUGGGCGGGUGGGGUCCCCGACCGGCCAGCCAGCCUCACGGCGACCACGCCUCGGCGUCGUUUGGCGGACCGAUCGCGUUAGACGAGGAGAACGAGAUCGCAGCGCUGGCGGAGAUCGAACGGGAGAUCUUCGCGGGGAUGGAAGCGCUGGAGGACGCGUUCGAGGCGCUCCAUAACAAGGCGGAGGUUGUGCGGCUGGCGCUGCGCGAGCGUGGAGCGGGACUCUCCGUCGCGAACCAACGACGAAGGGGGUCCACGAUGGAAGCCCGACUGGGCACGCCUGCGUCUGCGCCGUGGGAGAGCGGCCCCGAGGACGACGGGAUCGACGACGACCGAUCGCUGGCGCCCGACGACUCGGCGAGCAACAUCAGCUCGAACCGGCGGCGACGACCGAAGCGACGCACGGAACGCCGCACGCCGGCCCCGGUCGAGGAGGAGGAUGAAGAAGAAGAGGAAGGGUCGCAUGGUGGUCGGCGGGAUCGGGACCAUCGCCGGUCAUUACGGAGGUAGAUUCCUUUUUAUAGUGUUACCUGGGGCACAUGUAUUUAACUGUUGAUAUCCCGC